CAAUAAAAACUGUCAUCUGUCAAAUUUUACCACGAUAAAUUUCGUUCGUGGCUGGAUCACUACUCAAAAAUAGUUUUUUCCAACUAACACUGUUCUUCCCUAUUUAUUAAGGUUGUGGAUGCGGCUUACGCCGCAUUUAUAACAUUUAGUUAGCCCGUAUCUGGUACUUGUGAUUUAUUAAUAAGUUGUGGACGUAAAAUAACCUAACCAUGCCUCCGAAGAAAGCGCCCGCUGCUGCGAGCAAGAAGACGGAGCAGAAGAAGAAGGAGAAAGUGAUUGAGGACAAAACAUUUGGUAUCAAGAACAAGAAAGGCGCAAAACAGCAAAAGUUCAUCCAACAGGUAGAGAAACAAGUUAAGAGUGGUGGCAUCCACCCCGCGGGGCCUAUGCAAGACAAGAAGAAGGACAAGGAACAGAAACUAAAGGAAGCGAAGGAGCUGGCUGCACUCUUCAAACCCGUGCAGACACAGAAGGUGGAGAAAGGUACGGACCCCAAGUCAGUGGUGUGUGCAUUCUUCAAGCAGGGCCAGUGCACCAAGGGCGACCGCUGCAAGUUCUCCCAUGACCUCACUAUUGAGAGGAAGGCUGAGAAACGGUCCCUGUACGUGGACAUGAGGGAUGACGACACCAUGGACAACUGGGACGAGGACAAGCUCAAAGAAGUCGUUGAGAAGAAGCACGGAGACGACAAGCAGCGACCCACUACUGACAUUAUCUGCAAGCACUUCCUGGAGGCCGUGGAGAGGUCCAAGUACGGAUGGUUCUGGGAGUGUCCGUCCGGCGGACGCUGCAUCUACCGCCACGCGCUGCCGCCCGGCUUCGUGCUGAAGCGGGACAAGAAGAAGAUGGAGGAGAAGAAGAACGAGAUAUCGCUAGUGGACCUGAUAGAGAGGGAGAGGGCCGCGCUGGGGGCUAAUCAGACGAAGAUUACGUUGGAGACGUUUUUGGCGUGGAAGAAGAAGAAAAUUAAGGAGAAACAGGACAACACGGCGGCCCUGGAAGAGCAGAAGCGCUCCGACUUCAAGGCGGGGCGCGCGUGCGGGCUCUCCGGCCGCGAGAUGUUCUCCUUCGACCCCGCGCUGGCCGCCGACGACGACGCCGACGACGACGACGGCGACGCCGUGCUCGCCGCGUACGGCGCCGACGACGACGACGACGACGACGCCAUCGAGUACAAGGAGAUUACCUUUGACGGGAUCGGCAUGGAGGCUUCCGAGGUGGACGACACGGGCACCAAAGCGACCUCUGACCGCCUCCAACAACUCUCCGCGGGACUCAGCAACGGCGACGCGCGGGCGGAGGGGGAGGAGGAGGAGGAGGAGGGGGCGGCGGAGGAGGGGGAGGGGGAGGAGGCGGGAGCCGUGCCCAUCAACGAGAACCUGUUCCUCGACGACGAGCUGGACGAGGAGCUGCAGGGGCUGGAUCUGGAUGAUUGAGGACCUAUACGAUUAUCUCAUUUAUUUUGACAAAGAUACGUAUAAAAAUAUUGGAGGUUACAUGUAGUCGUGUCGUGUCGAAUAAAAGUUGAGGCAAGACAAUAUGGCGGUCUUCACGUUCGAUGCGGACUCGUACGCCGCUCCGGUGUGCGAGCGGGACCGCUAUAUAAGCGCAUAGCGCUGUCACGCUCAAACACCAGGGCGACGUGCGAAUUCCCAUCAGUGUGAUAACCGCGUAUGGCCUCGUGCUACGACACUUCUUCAACCAGGUCGCAUACCUCAAUCAGUUCUCGUAAAAUUUUGUGAACAUGUUAAUUCAAUAAUUAAAGAAUUUUGUUUCCAUUAAUUUUAGGAUUUUUUGAAAGCGGAUCCUGUUCGUUCGCCAAGUCUACAGCUCACAGAGCCACGUAAUAAUGGCUACUUUAAAGGAAGUACAAAUAACCCUCGGGAAAAACAUGGAAAAGUGUGAGUGACGGAAUUCAAUGUUUUGUUCUACAUUACAUUACGAGUGCAUGCAACCUUCAACAUUUUUAUAAGCUUCUGUAUUCUUACCACUACUCCAUCCAAUAGACGGCAACCUGCCUGUGCCGGAGACGACAGAGAGGUCUAGAAUAAACCCUGCUUUGCCACGUGAAACUAAACUUUAUGACCAUUAUAAUAAGGUUUUAAAACAGGAAACCUGUUAUACGGGGCGGCUAAAAAAUAAGUGCAUUCCCGUUGUCAGGGAGGUUAUGGCAUUAUACUGAGCAACUUUUACUAUGGGACCAACCACGAAAUCGCGAAAAAAAUAUUUACCCUCCCAAAGAAAAUGGACCAGCCAAAAUGUAUGAAACGGGCAAAAUCUUUUUCGCGAUUUCAGGGUUGGUCCCAUAGUGGCCAUAGUAAAAGUUGCUCAGUAUAAUCCCAAAAUCUCCCUGGCAACGGGAAUGCACUUUUUUUAACCACCCUGUAUUCUUGUACGUAAAUGUUUUUGAAACAUAAAACGUCUCUUAGAAAUGUCACGUCAUUAAAUAUUAGUUAGGCAAUUAGAUUGCAGUUCCUAAACAUCUUUUUUUUUACUAAAUAUAUAAAUCAAAUUCGAUAGUUUUGAAUUAUCUUGCAAAUAUUUUUAUACUUACAUAAUUCCACAAUACAAAUCCAUUGUUUAACUUAUUUAGUUGAAUUCUACAUAGGGUCAUUCCCAGUGUUUGUUCGGUGUGUAGAACAGACAGACAAACAUAGUAAUUUCUCUCAUUAUACCUAUAACUCGUGAUUUUUCUCAAUUGGUAAAGAAUUAACGAGUUUUCAGUGACUGUACAUAUACGAUAAGACGCGAUAUAAAUAAAAAAAUAAUUAUAA